CGUGCAAAGACAGUGCCUGGCACAAACAGCUAUGUAAGCAACUAGGUGCUAGGUGCGUCAUCAAGUCAGGCAAUGUUUUGUACUUCUCCCGGAAGCUGAUGGCACCCUUGGCGCACUGUUUCUGGAUCAAAGAGUCACCUUGACACGCUUGGAAAAUGGCUUGGCCGAGUAUAAAAAUGAUCCUGCCGUGAUCAGAUCCCAUGGAUAAGAUGAAUUCGGACUUAUGUGAAGGUAUGCCCAGCCAGAGCCAAAGCAUGCAUGUAGGUCAGGAUACAAUCGUGGAGCUAGCCACCGAAUAUGAGGCUGCACCGAAGCAGGUCUCCAAAGAGGAUGUGCCGUUUUCCAUGCGUUCUUUGUUCCAGAAACAGCUCGUCAAUGCUGUCAAUGAAACAUCGAUACCCUCCCGUCCACUGCCAAAGGAUGAGACGUACGCCAAGGGUGUACCGGGAGCUGCGCUAAACAUUAACUACCUACCUGUCCUUGCUCGCUGGACCCGCCCUGUGAGAACUGUGAGAUCCUAUUCAUAGGUCUGUGAGAUCAGUCCAGCCUGGUCACACUAUCGACUGGCCUCAGUCGA